UAGACGACCUAACCUAAAUUUUGAGAGCAGAAGCUAUCCUUCGUGUGGCCUAGACAAAUUUGAAAUAAUUCUUGGUAGGAAAGUGACCAGAUUUGCAAUGCCGUAUGAGAUUUAUGGUAAAGCUACCGCGUUUCAUGGAAAAACUUUGUGGGAAAUUCUUGGAAAUCUAAGGAAUAAUGGGGUUGGUAGGAUUGUUAUUAGAAAUGAUUACAAUAAAAGAUACUCAGAUCCAGCUCCAUCAUGGUUCAGAAUACUUAAAGUCGAAGCGCUACCUCCAGAGGGAAAAAUUCAAGUUUUGCCUCCUGUUGUUGAUAUGGGUGAAGUUCGAAGAGUGCGCGCUCUUGUUGAAAAUGUUUUCAGAGGCACAUAUCGUGGUACAGAGUGGCUAUCUUGGAAUACAUUCAAGCCAGAUUUCAGGUUAAUACCCAAAGAGGAAGAAGAAAGCUUUACAAAAGUAAAACGAGGAGAACUUCCUCCGCCAUAUGAAAUAACUAGAAAGUUUCAUCCCACUGCUCCUUUCCCCCCUCUUUUACGGGAAUUAAUUAUCCGUGAAAUGAAAGCAAAGGGAACGUACCAAGGAGAGGAGCCUAAGUUAACUCUCGUAGUUAACGACCCUAAUAUUAUCGCUGAGGAUGGAAAACAAAUUCAUCUUGGUGCGUUAUCUGCAACCGAGUGUCUUAGAUUGUAUGAAAAUAUUAAAAAGACCUAAAGAUUUGUGAGUGUCUGAUAUUAUUUUGUAUCCAAUAGCAAUAUAUUAUAAAUUCUUUUUGAUUGUUCUCUA